AUGGAAGAUAUUAAUGAAGAGGAAUUGGUAGUUGAUUAUGGGCGAGCAUCUGUGAUCUACGAAGAUGACAACCAGAUUGCCAGCGCGGUAAAUUUGAAAGGACAAGGACGAAAUGGAUAUUGGAUGCUGAGUAUCCAAAAAGCAGACCCCGACGAAAUCAUGUUCCAGUACACAUGUGAAUCUUUUUUACUCCAAAGGCAUUGCCGAAAUGUCAUCAUUCCUGGAUUUAUUCGAUCUGCCAGGGAUCUUUUCAACAAACAAGCUGGGCAAGAAAUAAAGACGUGGAAAGGAAUUUCUUGCGAGCUGACCGCAGAGGAAAAGAAGAUAGUUUCAGAACAAUGGACUGAGCAUGAAUCGAGCUGGAUCUCCCCAAAAUGUCACGAUCUCCAUUUUCACUGCAGCGCUCACAAGCUCGAUGGAAUAUUCGAAAUCAACUACUCCUUUAUUUCUGAAGACGAUGGAACUCAUCAAGGACACAUCUACUGGUCAGAAAAAGAUGGAAAAAUAGAGCACCAUUAA